AUGUUACAGUCUAUUCAUCUUCGUUUUUCCUCCUCUCCAUCACCUUGGAGAAGAGAAUCUCCGAUUCCAUCGAUUAUUUGCUCAUUUCCUUUCUCCUCUCGUUCGUUCCGUCCAAAACAAACCCAGAAGUCGAAGCGCCUGGUUCAAUUUUGCGCCCCUUACGAGGUUGGAGGUGGAUAUUCCGAUGAAGAGCUGUUUGAAAGAUACGGAACCCAUCAGAGUAAAACCAAUGUCGAUGAUAAAUUAAGUGAAUCUCAGUACGAGGCUCUCCUUAAAGGAGGCGAACAAGUGACCUCCGUUCUUGAAGAAAUGAUAACUCUCUUGCAAGAUAUGAAGAUGAAUGAAGCAUCCGAGAAUGUUGCUGUAGAAUUGGCGGCACAAGGAGUUAUAGGGAAAAGGGUUGAUGAAAUGGAGUCUGGGUUUAUGAUGGCUCUCGAUUACAUGAUCCAACUCGCCGAUAAAGACCAAGACGAAAAGAGGAAAUCCUUGCUAGAGGUUGUCAAGGAGACCGUCUUAUCCCAUCUCACUAAAAAGUGCCCUCCCCAUGUCCAGGUGAUUGGUUUACUCUGUAGAACCCCUAAAAAGGAAAGUAGACAAGAGCUGCUGCGUAGAGUAGCCGCAGGUGGUGGGUCUUUUGAAAGUAAGGACGGUACUAAACUUCAUCUUCCCGGAGCAAAUCUGAACGACAUAGCUAAUCAAGCCGAUGACUUGCUAGAGACUAUGGAAACAAGGCCAACUGUUCCGGAUCGAAAGUUAUUAGCGAGGCUUGUUUUGAUCAGAGAGGAAGCGCGGAACAUGAUGGGAGGAGGUAUACUUGAUGAGAGAAAUGACCGAGGUUUCUCUACUCUGCCUGAAUCAGAGGUGAAUUUCUUAACCAAACUGGUAGCUCUCAAACCUGGAACGACUGUGCAGCAAAUGAUUCUGAAUGUAAUGCAAGGCAAAGAUGAAGGUUCAGAUGAUCUUUACAGUGAAGAGGAUUCUUCUACCCAAGGAAAAAGACAAAGCGGAUUAAAUGGAAGGGGAAGCGUUACAGGAAGAAAACCGUUACCAGUAAGGCCAGGAAUGUUUCUAGAGACUGUCACGAAGGUAAUGGGAAGUAUAUAUAAGGGUAAUGCCUCCGGUAUCACGGCACAACAUCUAGAAUGGGUUCACCAGAAGACCCUCCAGGUUCUUGAAGAAAUCGCAUAUUAG